UCUUUGGUUUUUCUGUUCGACGCGACGAGCAAAACGUGCUACUUUUUUCCAGCAGGCCGAUUUUAAAUAUAAAAAAAAAACGUAAAAAUGGGCGUACAAGUUGUUCCAAUUUCCCCCGGCGAUGGUAGCACCUUCCCAAAGAACGGCCAGAAAGUUUCAGUGCAUUACACUGGCACAUUGGAUGAUGGCACCAAGUUCGAUUCAUCUCGGGACCGCAACAAGCCUUUCAAGUUCACCAUUGGCAAGGGUGAGGUUAUUCGCGGCUGGGAUGAGGGCGUUGCUCAGCUGAGCGUUGGCCAGCGGGCCAAGUUGAUCUGCUCACCUGACUACGCCUAUGGCAGCCGUGGCCAUCCAGGUGUCAUUCCUCCCAAUUCUACCUUGACUUUCGACGUUGAAUUGCUCAAGGUCGAAUAAGUGUUCGAAUGCAGCAAACAGCCGAAGACCCUGCCUGUGUGUGUGUGUGUUUUUGCAUGUGUAAGCACUGUUAUACACA